AUGGUCCGCUUCCUCACCGACAAGCGCAUAGCCCCGUCCCCAACAACAAACCCCCAGCCCCUUCUCGUAAUCGGCGCCGGUCUCCCCAGAACAGCAACAUCCUCCCUCCAAGCAGCCCUAGAACAACUAAACAUAACCCCCUGCCUCCACAUGGCCCAAAUAAUCCCCCAUCCCUCACGCCAAAAGCUCCUCAUCGCAACCACACAUACCAAAGAUAUCCCAACACGCCAAAAGCAAGUCUCCGCCCUAAUAUCAGGCUACGCCGCCGUCUGCGAUAUGCCAGCUGUAUUCCAUCUUGCCGAUAUGUUGGACAUGUACCCAGACGCACGCGUGAUCCUGACAACGCGUCCUAGCGCGGAGACAUGGGCUGAAAGUUGUCGCGAGAGCUUGGGGUUCUUUUUUACGCCCCAGUUUGGAGUUCUUGGGUUUCUUUGGAGCUCGGAGAGACUGUGGUUUAACCUCAAUAUGAGGAUACUGCAAUGGUGUAAAGAGAAGUUUGGGGGCGUGGAUGUUUUUUCGGGGGAGUUUUAUUUGAGGUAUAAUGAGUAUGUUCGGGGUAUUGUUAGGGAGCGUGGGGGUAAGGUAUUGGAGUUUAAGGCCGAGGAUGGGUGGGGACCGCUUUGUGAAUUUCUUGGGAGGGAGGUUCCUGUGGGUGAGUUUCCGAGGGUUAAUGAGAGGAAGACCUUUGUUUUCAUUAAGCGGGUUUUGGUUGCGAAGGGGAUUAUUAGUUGGGGGGUGCUUGGGGGAUUGGUUUGGUUGGUGUGGAUGUAUGGAAUGGCUUUAUUGGUCUACCUGGGUACCUACCUAGGUAUGUAG